AUGGCAGAAACAUCCGCGACUGUACUCGUCCUCCACGGCGCAAAGGACCUCCGUGUGGAGAAACGCAAUGUUCCAGCUCCAUCCGGCAGCGAUAUCCAAAUCGCCGUUCAAGCAACCGGUCUCUGUGGCUCAGAUCUACACUAUUACUCCCACGGCCGCAAUGGUGACUUCGUCGUCCGCGAGCCAAUGUGUCUUGGUCACGAAUCCGCCGGCACAAUCACAGCCAUCGGACCAAAUGUAACCACCCACCAAGUCGGCGACCGCGUCGCCAUGGAAGUCGGCCUCCCCUGCCGUAAAUGCGCCCUCUGCCAACAAGGCCGCUACAACAUUUGUCCCUCAAUGCAGUUCCGCAGCAGUGCAAAGGUCUUCCCCCACCUCGACGGCACACUGAUGGAGCGCACAAACCACCCAGCUGAGAUGUGCCAUGCUCUCCCUGCAAACGUCACAGAUGCAGGUGGUGCCCUCGUGGAACCCCUCGCUGUCUGCUUACAUGCUAUCCGCCGCUCACGUCCCCCAACAAAGGAGCAAGUCGAGAUCGCCCGCUCAACAGGUGAGGCUACCGCAGCUCUCGUUUUCGGUGCAGGUGCAAUUGGUCUCCUCCUCGCCUCUGCCCUCGCCGCAAGCGAGAACUUCACCUCUAUCGUUGUGGCUGAUAUCGAUGCCUCGCGUCUCGAGAUCGCCGCGUCCCUCGGACUGGGCUUGAAGACAUCUCUUAUCCCCCGCGGUGAUCCUGCCAACCCGCCUCCCGCUAAGGAUGCCCCGCAUGCCGAGCAAACAGCCUGGGCACUCGCGAACGCGCAAAACGUCGCUGCUACCCUCACUGCCGCGGCCGGUACUGAGGGAGGUCUCACUGUGCCCGGAUUCAACCGUGUCUACGAUUGUACCGGUGUGCCCUCUUGCGUGCAGGCAGGUAUCUACGCAUCCCAGCCCGGUGGUGUUCUCGUUCAGAUUGGCAUGGGCAACCCUAUUCAAACACUCCCCGUUGGCGCAGCUGCGCUGCGCGAGGUCGAUAUCAUCGGUACAUUCCGAUACGACGGACACGCCUACCCAGCUGCUAUUGCGCUCUUGGCAAGCGGGAAGAUGCAGUCGACCGAGGAGAAGGUUGUUACGCACCGGGUCAAGCUUGAGGAUGGUGCGAGGGCAUUUACACUUGCCGGCAAGGGAGUUGAUGAAGCUGGAAACCCGGUUGUCAAGGUUAUUAUCGAGGGACCGGGUGAGGCUACUAAGGCUAGCUUGUAA